GUCGACCAAUGAAUAUCCAGCUUGUGACGUCAGCUGUUGAACUCAGCUCACCUAAGCCAUCGAUGAGCUCAAGAAUUGGUAACCCCAGGAGUCAGAAUGCAAGAGGUGGUCAGAGAAGCAAUCGUGGCAGCGGUGGAGGGCGACGGGGUGGACGAGGUCGAGGAAGAGGGCGAGGUGGUGGACGUGGUCAAAAUGCACCGACACCUUCCAAAGAAGAAUUAGAUGCAGAGUUAGAUGCCUACAAUGCACAGAUUGACCAAAACUAAUGAAGAGUGAGAGGAAGAGAGAGUGUGUUAAUGUGAGUGUAUAAAAUGUUCAAAUAUGGCAAGACGUGCACCAAGCCACAGCAUCUACAAAGCAGAAAAGAGAGCGUGUGGAAGAGUGUUUGUAUGAAAUGUUCAAAUAUGGCAAGACAUGCACCAAGCCACAGUAUCUACAAAGCAGAACAGAGAACAGUCAGCAGGGUUGCAGCAUACUGUGAUAGGCAUGUUGUGACGUGGCUCAAUCAAACUCAACACUUGUCAUUGUUUUAAUUGGGAAUAGAAAGAAAUGUGUUGUAAAAUUUAAAUCUUUUAGCUUGAUAGAUUUUGAUGCAAUUAUGUUAUAGAAAUAGAAAAGCAUUUGUCUUGUCAUUUCGCAGACAUGUUUCACAAUGUUUUACUAUUAUCUGUACUUCAAAAAUUCAACCAUAAUUUUUCUUUGUUCUGAAAUUGAGAUUUCAUAUUUCCUUUCACAUUUGAAUUCAGUAUUAGCAUGUAAUGUAGGGUGUGGGAUACCUAUGCUGUGACCCUGGGUUACUCUUGCAUCAAAAACAAUAAUCCCACUCACCUCAACAUGUGGGUUUUCAGACCUGACAUCGGUAGGCUUCUAAAGUGAUAAUGCCCCUUUUUUAAUAGUUUUUAUUCCACAUGUAGUAUUUUAUAAGUGGCUGUACAUGGUGCACUGCAUGUAAAUUUUGUUUGAAAUAGUAAUUUUAGUGUUUUGAUAUUACUUUUAUUUAUGAUCUGAAAAAAAUUUCAUUGUGAAAGAAGUUUUUAAAUCUCAGUGUAUGGUUUAGUGAGCAGACCCAAUUUUUGUAUUUCUGGAUCUCUUUUUAAGAAUUGUAAAUCUUGGUAAGAGCAGUGAAUGAUGAAAUAAAAAUAUGUGAAUUGUUUUGAUUGUAAA